AUGCCAGAGCCAGAAUCUCCCAGUGUGGACCUCCCAGAGGGGAAGUAUGCUGAGAUCGAUUCGUCUGGCUCUUUGAGACAUCUGUCCUUGAAAACACCAAGUGAAACACUCUCGACCCUGAACCAUUUGCCACAGCCCCAUUUUAUCGAGAAUCUAGCCCGAGAUGUUAUUCGACCCCAACUUGAGGGCCUCCGACAGGGUCGCUGGUUUGAGGUUGAAAAUUUGCAUGCUUUACAUGAAUCUGCCCGAGAGUUCCAAAAGAAAUGGAACGUACCUGAAACAAGCUUCCAGAAUUUCUGCGCACUGCUCUCGGGGUGCUUAUAUUUCCGGUCCAUCUUGCUGCUUAAUCCCAGCCCCUUGGACUAUCUGCCCUUUGAUGAAAUGCUCGAGGAAUCGCCAACCCUGUUAUGGUUACAGGAAGUCCUUCGGCCCAAGAACCUUACCAUCCGAGACAUCAUUCUUUUUGAUACGAUUCCCAUGGCUAUCUAUGACUUCAUCGAUCGGAUGAGUGAAGAGAAUCAACCCAAUUUCGCCUUUGAGGCCUUUCACCUUACACUUCUGUGUUUGGGGCACAUUCAGCCUCAAAUUCUGAUCUCUUGUCAGCGUGGCACUCAGCCAUCAAACGAUCGAUGGGGGCUUUUGAACAAUGCCGUGGCUCGUAGCCUUUGCUCGUCAGUGAGCAAUGCUCGAGCGCGACGAGUCCGCACGGUCCAUGUUGAGUCACAUCCAAUCCACGUGGUUCAAGGGUUUCACCCCAAUUAUGAGGUCAAGAUGAUGCAAUCAAAUGCAGGACUAGACCUUGAUAACGUGCUACAAAACCCGUUUCAAAGGGGUUUCCAGCCAUUUGAAGAUUGGAAGUCGGAACGGGAUGCGAUAGAACGAGAAAUGCAGGAAUCGGCUACUUUGGUGCGUACUGGCUUAUAA